AUGUGCCUCGGUUUUUUUGGAACUUUCUUCGUGGAGCUCCACAUAAGGUGUCAUUGUGAUGUUGUUCAGGUGGACAAUCCGAAAGGUUCGUUGGUGCGCACGAUUCAAACAUGGGCGAAAAAUACGAUCGGUAUUUCGACGCCAUUCUUUUACGGAAGAGGACUGUUCCAGUUGGACUUCGGCUUUUUCCCACAUCGAACACCGAUUGACACUGUCGUUGGGGCGCCAAUAGCUGUUCCGAAGAUACCUCAGCCGACCGAAGAGGAAGUGGACCGCGUCCAUCGUCAGUACUGCGAAGCCCUUACAAAGCUCUUCGAUCAGCACAAAACUCGAUUCGGCGUCUCCAAAGAAACGAAACUCGUUUUUGUCUAG